AUGUCCCCAUUACUAUUUAAUAUGUAUAGUGAAGCCAUUUUUGAAGAAGCAUUACUAUCUCAAAGUGAAGGAAUAAUAAUUAACGGAAGAUCUAUUAACAACAUAAGAUAUGUAGAUGACACCGUGGUUAUGGCAAGCUCUGCUGAACAACUCCAAUUACUGCUAAACAAAACAAACAGUUUCUGUAAAAAAUAUGGACUAAAAAUGAAUAUAAAAAAGACCAAAUACAUGAUAAUAGCAAAGAAAACAAAUAUACCAACAAACAUACAUUUGGGAAAUGUACCGAUAGAAAAGUUUGAUACAUACAAAUACCUAGGAACCUGCAUUUUAGA